AUGGAAAAAUGGCCAGGGCUCACUAGUCAUCAGGCUUUCGAGCAUCUCAUACAAGAAGCGAAACUCUCGAUCGCUGAGUGGUAUAGUGUUAAUGUCGUGAACAAAAUCAAGCCUGUCGAAACCGAUAAGGUGCGAAAGCAUGGCCGAUUCUUUUGCAAGCGAACAUUUGCCAUCAUUCGGCUCGCAUUGCUCUUCCUCAUCAUCGGAGCCGUCGAUAUCGAUAAUCGAAUCAGUCUCGAGAUAUGCACUAUCUACGUGCUCAUUUUCAUCUACACAAUUCUCCUCCAAAUUUGGCAGACGCGAUUACGCGAGAAUCUCAAACAAUUCAAAUUUCGAGCGGCGUUGGAGGAAAUUGAGAGAAUUGAAGAGGAGAAGCCCAACGAAUUCGUAUACCCGUCGAAUUUGGAAGCGGUGACUGAUGACGUGGCACUGUGUCAGACGGCAAUUCGCGACGGCCGAAUUGUCGAAGUGCCGACAAUCCUUCUUGUUGUCGGCGAUGUGAUCCUAUUAAGACCCGGCAAGCCAGCACCUUGCGCCUGUGAAACAAUCGAUGGAAAAUAUAUUGCCGAAGGCGAACAACCAACCUGGCUCAUUAAACCCGAUCCGAAAACCAAUGUCGUCGAGCCGCUCGAGCCAGUAUACGCGAGAGUUGUCACCUAUCCAAUCAAGACCCGUUUGGAGGCGACGUUGUCCAACGAGGAAUCCCUGCUGCUCUUUGACCAUCAAGUGCAUUACCUGAUUCACUAUGUGUUCGAGAGAAUCCUUCUGCCAUUCACCAUAUUGGUAUCCAUAUUAGGGACCACUGUCCGAUUCCUCUAUGCCGAUUAUGAGAGUUUGUUCGGAACGCGUUUUGUGUUCGCCGUGCCCGCGCUCACCAUAUUCCCGAUGCUCAUCAUUCAACUCCCAUUCCUCCUGCACUCGGUGAAAUGUCUGAACAAUCGAACAAUUUUUGAAUACCUCAAUCUCGACACGAAAACGUUCCGAACGAGCAAAGAUCUGCUCGCGAUUCUCGCUGGCAUCACAGGCACUUCAUUCGUCGACAAAAAAGGAAUUCUAUCAUCGGCACAUCCAUCGAUUGAGAAGCUGGUGUUCGCGACAAACGAAUGCGAGAAAGAGACCGGAUCGCUCGAUUCUGAGCAAAUCCAUCUUGACGUGGUGAAUCUGUCAUCGGAUCAGAGACCCGAUGAUCCAUCGAAAUGGGAACUAUCGUUUGAUGAUAAUACCUGGCAAAAGUAUGUCACCAACCUUCUUCCACUGGCUCACAAUUUGCUAUUAAACUCGUGCAAGCAAUCUGAAGAGUUCCAUCGAUUCCUGGAUCAUCUCUCCGUUGUUUCGCAAGAGGUGCCACGAACAAUUGCGACAGCUAAUCGAAGAUGCAUGUGUCAACUUCCAGCAUUAAUGGGGUUCACUGAGAAAAGUUUAGAGCAAUUCUCGAACCCAACAAUCCUAGGAAUUUAUAAGAGGCAACCUGGAGAAGCCCCACUGCCAGGGCUUACUAAACAUCGAACCCCUGUGGAAAUGGCAUUUUGCACAAUUCAUAAUGAUAAUCAAUCGAUUUAUCGGCAUUUAGCUUGUCAGGGAACAGCGAAUCUAGUGGUCGAUGGUUGCACACAUAUUUGGAAUGGUGCCAAUGUUGUUCCGCUGUCAAAACGAAUUACCUCGUCGGUCAAAGAUUUCUACCAGCGGCAUUCGAUGACAGGGCAUUGCUUGGCGGUUUCGUAUCGGCCGAUUUUUGGUAAAAUUGAUGAAAAAAUUGCGGGAAAAUACGUGGAAGUGCCUUUAAAUCACGAAGUGCCUAUAUUAAUCACCUCACUUGCGAGAUCUCAUAGCAUUGAUUCAUUACAAACUCUUGAUAAGGAACAAAGUCAACCGAUAUCUACCGCAGACGAUGCAAUAGAACGCUGUUUUGAUGGAAAUGUGCUCUGCGGGCUUGUUGUAUUGCAUUAUGAGGCGAUCACGUCGGCAGUCUCCGUGAUAGAGAAACUUGACGGAAUUUGCGUUCGUCCCGUAUAUUUCUCAAAAGAAAACGAGUUAAGAAGUCGGGUUUUUGCGGAAAAAUUAGGUAUUGAAGCUGGCUGGAAUUGCCAUAUUAGUUUAGCCGACGACGAGGAUUGCACAACGAAAACCGAUGUUAGUUAUAAGCAAUUCGUCGAGCAAAUUCCGUGCAAGACCAAAUUCUGGGGAAGAAUGGCAAUAAGCGAAUCGCAUCUGGAAAAUUGGGACGCUGAAAAGCUAACACGCAGCACCCCGUCGAUUCGAAAAUUCAGCACCUCGUCCGGCAAAAUGGGUCCCAUACCGAAUAUUGCCCGCUUGCCGACGGGCGUGAAAAACGUUCGACCGCAUUUGGAGAAUGUCGACAACGUGCCAUUGCUCGUCGGAUUGUUCACCGAUUCGACGACGUCGGCCGUCGAGGAGAUGAUCGACAUCCUUCAGGAGAACGGCGAAAUCGUGAUGGUCGUCGGCUCGUCGCGAAAUCUCAACAACACGAUGCUGUUCGCCAAAGCCAACAUCUCGGUGAGCAUCGAUCACGUCGAAGAAGCGUCGUGUCGCGUCGACAGAGCUCAGAACAAGCUGAGCAACGUCAAUUCGAUUUCGAGCAAGCUUAUCUCAAUUGCCACCGACUUCCGACUGAAGCAUGACGGGCUUCUCCGCCUACCUUCUCUAAUUGCGUGCGCUCGCCAUCGGAUGUCUUCGUAUCGCUCGUCGCUCCUCUUCCUUCUCCAUUCGUCGCUUCUCGUCACAUUAGUGAUGCUUCUAUCAACACUGGCAUUCUUGCCGAUCAUCUUCACCCAUUAUCAGAUCCUUCUCACUUCAUUGAUUCAUAUUCCGGCGCUGUUCAUCGGCACAAUGUUCACCGAUUUCGAGCCGUCGCGAACCGUCAUCCGAAUCGCGCCGAAGAAUUGCAUCGAGAUACCGAAGGCGGAGAAGAUCGCCACAAUCACAACAUUCGUUUUGCAGUUCGCGCCAUCGGCGGUUUAUUUGAAUUUCGUGUUCCUCUUCAUGCUAGUGAGCAAUUCGAACAUGAUGUGCUCAUUCUCGGAUAUCUCUUGCAUUCUGAACAGCGACGGGACCAUCGGCGCCCGACAGCUCGAAUUCAACGAGACGAUCGAUUACACGAGUCUCUCAACCGACACAAUUCGACAUGUGAUGGGAUUUCAACUGACGACGUGCCUCGUUGUGCUCUCAUCGGCGUUCGUGUUCGGCUUGUCGUCGUUCUGGGAAGACGUGCCGUUCAAAUGCGUCAGCUGGAAUGCCUCGACGAUCAUCUGCCUCGUCUCGCAGAUCGUGUUCUCCGCCGCCCGCGGCGUUCACCUCUCGCACCUAUUCGAUCCGACGCCGCUCGCCUUCCUCACCGUCUGGAUCGUCUUCAUUGGACUCGUCAACGAGUUGAACAAAAUCCGACGGAUUCGAAUGUUCAGCCGCGAGCAGCGUCGCACCAAAUUCGACUUCGACACCAAAUUAGGCAUGAACUCGCCGUACUAG